AUGCCAUCUGAACAAGAAAUUGGAUUGCACGAUUUGCAACCUGAAUCGUAUACAUUACUGACUUCCUCACCACCGACUACGUACAUCCCAUCCGAGAAACAAUACCUAAUGCCUCAGCAAUCGGGCUUAACACUGCAACAGUCUCAGGAACUGGGCCAACUCCCAUCUGAAAAACUGCUGAAAACUGAUCUACCAACCCGCAUCGAAGAUGAUGAGGCGGAAGUUGCUGUCAAGUUGUCUAAUUUCGAGUAUGUACUCAUCGCAUUUGGUGGUGAUGUUGCAGAUGAAGAAUUGUUGAUCUACAACGAAAAAUUUGUGAUGAUCUUGCUGUCUCUUGCUGCCGCCGUACUACUUGCUGCCCUGGAUCAAACGAUCGUCUCUGUUGCUAUUCCCGCCAUUGCUACCGAAUUCAAUGGUCUGGAAAAGAUUGUCUGGGUCGGCUCUGCCUACUUUUUAACUUCAACGCCUUUCAUUCCGUCUUACGGAAAACUGGCGGAUGUUUUCGGACGUAAAGCUACGUUCCUUGGCGCAAUCAUCAUCUUUGAAGCUGGUUCCAUGUUAUGUGGUGCUGCUCCAAGCCUGGAUGUCCUGAUUGUUGGAAGAGCUGUCGCUGGUUUAGGUGGAGGAGGAAUUUUCUCCCUUUGUGUCAUCAUCAUUGCCGAUCUUGUACCACUUAGAGAUAGAGCUCAAUACUCUGGUAUCAUUGGCGCAGUAUUUGGUCUUGCCAGUGUCAUUGGUCCUCUAGCCGGAGGCGCGCUUACCGAUCACAUCAGUUGGCGUUGGUGUUUCUAUAUCAACGGGCCAAUUGGUGUUGUCGCUAUAGGAAUCAUUGUUGUGUUCCUGAGACUACCUCCUCCAAGUGGAGAUCUGUGGACCAAGUUUAAGAAGAUUGAUUGGACUGGUACAUUCUUCUUGGUUUGCGCCGUCGUAUUCUUGUUGGUGCCUCUCCAAUCCGGUGGUUCAAUUUACGCGUGGAACAGUCCAAUCGUAAUCAGCCUCUUCGUCCUCGGUUUCGCCUUCAUUAUUGUCUUCAUCCUGUGGGAAACGUACGUUGCUGCCGAUCCAGUCAUCCCCAUGAGCUUGUUCAAAAAUCGGUACUUGGUCUUUACCUAUGCCAACACCCUCUUCUCUGGAAUGGCUUUCUUUGCGCUGAUUUACUAUAUUCCUUUGUACUUUGAAACUACGAAUGGAUUGAGCGCUACUCAAGCCGGUGUCUCCAGUUUGCCCUUCAUUUUGGGUGUUGUUGUGUUCAGUAUUGUAUCCGGAGUUCUUGUCACUGCUACCGGUCACUACACUCCACUAGUCCUAGUCGGAUGUACAGUUGGUGCUGUUGGUGCCUUCCUCGUCUCAAGACUUGACGAAAACAGUUCAAGAGGCGCACAAAUCGGAUAUCUCCUUGUGGCUGGCAGUGGCUUGGGCCUUACCCUCCAAACUACUCUGAUUGCUUCUCAAGCUGCUGUUUCUGAAGAUUUAUUGGCCAUCGUAACAGCCAAUAACCAGUUCUGGCAAGUCUCGGGAGCCGUUUUGGGUCUAGCCAUCACAUCAACAGUAUUCAACAACAAACUAUUGACAUACCUCGCCGAAGAUGCUCCAGGCCUUCUUAACCCCUCCGUUAUUGCGCAAAAUCCAGCCGCAUUAAGAAACCCAAUAUUCGUACCUCCAGAAUUACAAGCUGCUACGAUACAUGCCUUUAACAGGGCAUUGUCAUUGAUUUAUUUGUCGGCCCUGCCGUUCGCUGGUUUCGCUGCCAUACUGUCACUAGGAAUGAAAUGGCAACGUAUCCCCAAGGGUGUCGAGAUACAGAUGGUGGCUGGCUAA